AUGCGUUCUUUUGUCACAACUGGCGACAUCCCCAUAGGGUACACGACACCCAAAUUCCCAUCACUUUUCUGGCCCCUUAACAACGAGAAGUACACGUUGUCUUACCUGUACUAUAUCAAUGACAUAUGGAGGUACACGGUUUACUGGACUUUGAUAUUGUUCAUGGGCUUUUACGUGGCCGCGGGCUUGUGGGCCAGUUUUUCACAUCGGAAAACCGCGGGUGGUCUUUGGAUUAUGGGGGUGUUCAUUCUUGCGGGAGGAGUUCAGGCGCUAGCCGCAGGAACUGUCUCUGGAUUGAUCCUUGCAGUGACUUAUAAAGCCGGUCUGUUCGCCAUGUCCACCUGGAUCCCGUUAUGCUGUGCUGUAGUGCUCAUCUUGUUCCACUUGAGUACAACGUAUUCGAUGGCAGGUCUGAUCAUGUGA